GAAAAGCGUUUCCUGUUGAGUUCAUGUACUCAACGCGCAUGCGCCACAUCACAACCAAACACGUGUUGUGAACGUUUGAAAUCGCUGCAUGCAAUUCGGCUUCCUGAGAUCGUAGAGCAACAAAAUACGAGUUAAAGGACCAUAUCAAGCAUUUUGUUUGGCCCCUUACAGCUAAGUGAAACAAAAUAGUCCUCCGUGAAGCUUUUCGCCGAGAGGGCCGGAAACAAAAGCCACAAUGACUGAACCCGAUGUUAACCCAAAGGCCUACCCACUGGCCGACGCCACUCUGACCAAAACCAUCCUGGACCUGGUCCAGCAAGCUUCCAACUACAAGCAGCUGAGGAAGGGGGCUAAUGAAGCAACCAAGACCCUGAACCGAGGCAUUGCAGAGUUCAUCGUCAUGGCUGCAGAUGCCGAGCCACUGGAGAUCAUCCUCCACCUGCCGCUGCUCUGCGAGGACAAGAACGUCCCGUACGUGUUUGUGCGCUCCAAGCAGGCGCUGGGCCGGGCCUGUGGAGUGUCGCGCCCCGUCAUCGCUACCUCGGUUACAAUAAAGGAGGGAUCCCAGCUAAAGCCGCAGAUCCAGUCUGUUCAGAUGGCCAUCGAGAGACUGCUGCACGAGGUGGGACGUCUGCUGCGUUACAAAGACCUGGUCCCCCGUCUGGAGGAGGCUCUGGGGAAGUUCUCCAGACGGGACAGCGCAGAGGUGCUGCAGCCCGUGCGCACCGCCGUGCCCCUGCAGAAACACCACGGCUUCAUGGGGCUGAUGCCCACCUACAUGGAGAACGAUGGAGUUUUGUCCACAAAGUUUGUGUGUUUCUACAAGAGGGACGAGGGUUCAGCUCUGCCAGCUGUCCAGGCCACGGUGGUGCUGCUGGACCCAGAGUAUGGAAAUGUCAAGGCUGUCAUGGAUGGAGAGGUCAUCACCGCCAUGAGGACCGCUGCUGUUUCAGCCAUCUCUGCCAAGCUGCUGAUGCCUUUUGGGGCCGAGGUUCUGGCCAUCCUGGGGACCGGCAAACAGGCCAUAAGUCACUAUAAUGUCUUCACUGAAAUGUUUUCAUUUAAAGAGGUGCGGGUGUGGGGCCGCACAAAGCAGGGGGUGGAGAGGUUCCUCCACUCGGUGGGAGGAGCCGCCCGGGGGUGCGGCUCGGCGGAGGAGGCGGUCAGGGGGGCGGACGUGGUCAUCACGGUGACCGGCUCCACCCAGCCGGUGCUCUGUGGCCGCUGGGUGAAGGCGGGGGCCCACAUGGCAGCGGUGGGAGCGUGCAGGCCGGACUGGCGGGAGCUGGACGACGCGCUGAUGAGGGAGGCGGUGGUCUACACCGACAGCAGGGAGGGGGCCAGGACCGAGUCCGGAGACGUCCUCCUGUCCGGGGCCGAGGUGUUUGCAGAGCUCGGAGACGUCAUCAACGGGACGAAAGCCGCCCACAGGGACAAGACGACCGUCUUCAAAUCCCUCGGGAUGGGGGUGGAAGAUGCAGUGUCUGCCAAAUUGGUUUUUGACCAAUGGAAGGCUCAAGCCAGAAAACCGUGAGGAAGCCUUGCCGUCAACCUCUGACGUCUCCAUUUUUUUUUUUUUACAUCACACACAAGUGAUAAAGAUAUAUUUCAGGCUGAGAAGAUUACAUUUG